AUGGCGGCGGCCCCGCCGUGCUGCGCCGUGCGGGUGCGGGGCGCGCCGGGGGCUGCGGGGCCCCGCGGCGGCUGCAGCGGGGUGGUGCUGAGCCGCCGGCCCGCGAUCGUGCUCUGCCCUGCCGCCCCCUUCGCGCCCUUCCUGCGCGCCGGCCCCGCCGCCUGGGAGAGCCCCGCGGCGCUGGCGCCCAGCGCGCUGCGGCCGUGCCCGCGGCCCCGCGUGUUGGUGCCCGGGGAGCGGGGCGCGCCUUGGGAGCUCGGGGCGCGGCUGCUGGCGCUGGUGCCCUGCGCGCCCUUCCGCAGAGCGCUGGAGCGCGGCUUCGGGCCGGCCGAGCGGUGGCGGUUCGGGGCGGCGGCGGAGGAUGAGGAGGGUGGCGGUGCGGACCCGCGGGCGCUGCCCUGGUUCGCCUGGCUGCGGGUGCCCGCGCUGGACGAGCCCGCGGGCGGGUGGGCGGCGCGGGGCAGCGCGGGCUGCCUGCGGAAGGGGCAGGCGCUGCUGGCCUGCGGGACCCCCUUCGGAGACCUGUGCCCCGAGCUGUUCCUGAACACGCUGAGCCGGGGGGUGGUCAGCAACCUGGCGGGCGAGGAGAACGCGCUGGUGCUCACGGACGCGCGCUGCCUGCCCGGCACCGAGGGCGGCGCCGCCUUCGUGCCCGCGCCCGGCGGGCCGCGCGUGGUGGCCGUGAUCGCCGCGUCCCUGUGCUGGAAGGGCGCCGAGUGGGUCGGGCUCACGCUGCUCUGCUCGCUCGCCGCCAUCCUGCGCGGCAGCGCCGCCGUGCUGGGCGAGGCCGCGGUCGCGGUGCCGCCCGUGCCCGCCUGGGUGGCAGCGGUGCCGGCGAGCAGCGGGCGGGACCCGCUGGGCUGGACGGCGCUGGUGGAGUGCGGCGCGACGUGGGGCUCCGGGGUGCUGCUGGCGCCGAGGAUGCUCCUCACCUGCCGGCACGUGGUGAUGGCCAGAACCCCGCUCCGUGUGACGCCGGCAGCUGGCCCUGGACGGGAUGCCGCAGACCUCAGGGGACGCGUGGUGUUUGCCACCGAGGAGUCGUCCCCCUUUGACGUGGCCGUGGUGGAGCUGGAGGAGAGCGUGCCAGGCUUCCUCCCCCCGUGCCUGGCAGACACCUUCCUCCCAGGAGAAGAGGUGAGCGUGGUGGGCUUCGGUGCCCUGGGGCGGGUGUGCGGCCCCUCGGUGACAGCGGGGAUCCUCUCGGCCGUGGUGGCAGUGGAGGGGCAGCCGGUGAUGCUGCAGACCACCUGCGCCGUGCACGGGGGCUCCAGCGGUGGCCCCCUCCUCUCCUCCCGCAGCGGGUGCCUCAUGGGGAUUGUGGCCAGCAACACCCGGGACAACAGUGCAGGGGCCACCUACCCCCACCUCAACUUCUGCAUCCCCAUCACGGUCCUGCAGCCCCUGGUGGUGCGGUACCGUCGCACCCGUGACCCCGGUGCCUUCGCCGGGCUCAACUGCGCGGCACAGGGGGUGCGGGCGGCCUGGAAGCUCCAGCAGCAGCCAGGACCCUCCAGCAAGCUCUGACCCCCCCAUCCCAGGGGGCUUGUGCCGUGGACCGAGGUGCCAGGGGUGGAGCUGCUGCAGCCCCUUUUCACUGUGGGGCCCGAGCGCCUGGACCCCACAGAGCCGGUGGAGGGUGGGCAUUCUGAGGCAAGGGACACCACACAGUGCCUUUGCCAGCUGCUGACAGGCCCAAAUUGGGGAGAUUUGGGGUUUGUAUUGUUUUAGUUUCUCCCCUGAGCCAUAAAUGCUGUGAGUUGAGGCCCUGGUGUCCCGUGGUGCUGAGCGGCU